AUGCCAGUACGUUUCACCUACAAAGACCUCCAAACAGCAACUAACAACUUUACAAUGAAACUCGGCCGGGGCGGAUUCGGUUCGGUGUAUGAGGGAACCCUACCAGAAGGAACGAGGCUAGCAGUGAAGAAGUUAGAAGGGAUCGGGCAGGGGAAGAAAGAGUUCCGAGCUGAGGUUUGCAUCAUUGGGAGCAUCCACCACCACCACUUGGUCCGCCUCAGGGGCUUUUGUGCCGAAGGUGCCCAUUGCCUCCUCGCUUACGAGUAUAUGGCUAAUGGGUCCCCUGAUAAGUGGAUAUUUAGGAAAGACAAAGGGGAAAUGGUCAACUGGAACACCCGAUUUAAUAUCGCACUUGGGACUGCAAAGGGUUUAGCUUACCUGCACGAGGAUUGUGAUGUGAAGAUCGUGCAUUGUGAUAUAAAGCCCGAGAAUGUUCUCUUAGACGAGAAUUUCCUUGCUAAGGCUGAUUUCGGGCUGGCUAAGCUGAUGACGCGGGUGUUGAAAAACCGAGCACGUGCGCAGCGGAAAGUUUAA